AAAGUAAUAUUUGGUAAACUAAACCAAUCGAAAAUGUAUUUCAUUAAAGUAUUUGUGUUAGUUAUAACUAUAUUCUUUGCAUCAAACGCAACCAAUGGAGAAACAGAACCACUUGUAACAAUUACACAAGGAGCCCUACAGGGCUCUAUAAGUUAUGAUUAUAAUGGGUCUAAGUUUUACAGUUUUUUGGGUGUUCCUUAUGCAACUUCUCCAAAUGGUACAAGAAGAUUUAAGGUUGCUGAAGCUCCAGUCGCCUGGGAUGGUGUAAAGAAUGCAACUGUUGAGGGUAAUGCUUGUCCCCAAUACAAUGCUUUAACAAACUCAGUAAUAGGUGACGAAGACUGUCUUUUUCUCAACGUUUUUACUAGAAAUUUGCCAGAAGAAAACACUAAAGCCAAAGACGUAAUGGUAUGGAUACACGGAGGUUCAUUUACGUCAGGAUCUGGCGGACCAAGCACAUAUGGACCUGAAUUUCUUCUCACAGAAGAUAUUGUACUAGUUACAAUCAACUAUCGUUUAGGAUUUUUUGGAUAUCUACAAGCAUCAACUGUACCAGGAAAUUUGGGUUUUAAAGAUCAAGUAGCUGCUUUGAAAUGGGUUCGAGACAAUAUUGCUCAAUUUAAUGGAGAUCCAGACCGUGUAACUUUGUUCGGAGAAAGCGCAGGUUCGGCUUCGGUACAUUAUCAUGUUCUGUCUCCAUUAUCCAAAGGUUUGUUCCACAAAGCUAUAAUGGAAAGUGGAGCUGCUUUAUGCUCUUUUGCUGACAACAGUUAUCACAAUAUUGUAGCCUUGGCAAAUUCAGUAGAUAACAAUAUUAAAACGGAAGAUGAAGCUGUCGAUUUGUUCACCACUCAUUCAGCUACAGAGUUUGUUCAACUUCAGGUGGUUUUAUCUGACACUGGAAUACCUGGUGGACCAAGUGUUAUAGGUUUGAGCAUAGAAAAUCCAGCAGAUGAUGCGUUUAUAUCUAGAAACGUCAUUGAUAUAUUGACUUCGGGAGAAUAUAAUCAAGUACCUUUACUAUUGGGGUUUAAUGACAGAGAAGGUAUUUGGCUUGAGGUAAUAAGAGAAUCUAAUAAUAAAUCUAUACCUGCUGAAGAUUUUAUUCCACAUAAUAUUGAUUUUGGAGGAAAUACAACACUCAAAGAUUUGUAUGUAAGGAAAUACCAGAAAAGAUAUUUUCAAACCUUUAACAUGAGGGAUGGUUAUAUAAAGGCUUUCGGCGAAACAAGAUACCUCUCUGGAAUCUUUGCAGCUGUAAAAAAUCAUUUAUUAACAGCAGUUAAUCCUGUCUUUUUAUACAAAUUUGCUAAAGACACGUCUUUGAAUUUAGACAAAGUUUCAACAGGCGUUACAGAUAUACCUGGAGCAUCUCAUGGAGACGAAAUCGGUUAUCUCUUUUAUACACCAUAUACCCCUAAAAUUAAACCAGAGAGUCUCGAAGAUAUCAGUUGGAGGGAAAUGGUGAAAUUAUGGACCAAUUUCGCAAAAUAUGGCACUCCAACACCUUGCGAAGAUGAAGUAGGCAUUAUCUGGAAACCUGCCACUCUUGAUGGAUUUGACCUUUUGCAUUUACAAAAUACUGGUUUGAGAAUGAAAGCUAAUACUGAGGAGGAACUUAUUAAAUUCUGGUCUGAGCUAUAUCAUCAAAGUAACAAAACUAUAAAUUAUUUAGGAUUGUUUCAAAAAGCUAUAAUGGAAAGUGGAGCUGCUUUGUGCUCUUUUGCUGACUAUAGUUACCACAAUAUUGUCGCGCUUGCUAAUUCAGUCAAUAACAAUAUUACAACGGAAGAUGAAGCUGUCGAUCUAUUCAGCACUCUUUCAGCUACGGAGUUAGUUCAACUUCAAGUGAUCUUAUCUGCGACUGAAAAACCUGGUGGACCAAAUGUUAUGGGUUUAAAGAUUGAAGAUCCAGCAAAUGACGCAUUUAUAUCUAGGAAUGUCAUUGAUAUAUUGACUUCGGGAGAAUAUAAUCAAAUUCCUUUACUAUUGGGAUUUAAUGACAGAGAAGGCAUUUUGUUUGAACUCAUAAGAGAAUAUAGUAAUAAAUCUAUACCUGUUGAAGAUUUUAUACCGCACAAUAUUGAUUUUGGAGGAAAUACAAUACUUAAAGAUGCAUAUGUAAAGAAAUACCAAGAAAGAUAUUUCCAAGCCUUUGACAGGGAUAGUUAUAUAAAGGCUUUCAGUGAUACAAGAUACAUUCCUGGGAUUUUUGGGACUGUAAAGAAUCAUUUACUUUCAUCAGUUCAACCUGUCUUUUUAUACAAAUUUUCGAGAGAUACGUCAUUGAAUUAUGCCAAGGUUACAGCAGGUGCUAGAGAUAUACCUGGAGCAUCUCAUGCAGACGACAUUGGGUACCUAUUCUAUACCCCAUACACGCCUGAAAUUGUAACAGGCAGUGUUGAAGAUAUUAGUUGGAGGCAAAUGGUAAAACUAUGGACCAAUUUCGCAAAAUACGACAAUCCAACGCCCAGCGAAGAUGACGUAAACGUUAUCUGGUCACCAGCUACUCUUAAUGAAUUCAAUCUUUUACAUUUUCAAAAUAGUGGUUUAAGUGUGGAAGCUAACGCUGAGGAGGAACUUAUUGAAUUUUGGUCUGAUCUAUAUCAUCAAAGUAACAAUACUAUAAAUUAUUUGUAAAUUUGUAUAAUAAAACAGGUGUAAACAGCAUA